AUGAUCCCAAUGACCAAUAAUAACCCUCCUGAAUUGCUGAAACAACAAAUUCAACAACAGCUCUCCCGAUUAUUGAAACAAUUACAGGAUGUGGAAAAUGAUAAAGAAAUGUUGGAUUCUGAAGAAGAAUAUUUGGAAAUUAAAAAGGAAACGCUGCAGCAAAUGAAAGAAUUUCAAAAUACAUUGGAUCAAAUUGGAAAGAAUGAUGAGCUGCUUCGGGAUGAUAUUAAAUCAUUUAGAAUGGCGGUUAGAGCAGCUUGUGUAGAGACUUUUAAAACUUUGGAAAUCAUUCAAAUGUUCGCACAACAAAAUACUAAUCAAAUCAAGGAAAAACUAUCGUCAUUGGAAACGUCGUUCCGCUUACACAAAAUAUCAGAACAGGAAUACAUUUCUCAGAAAACAGAAAUAUUGGGCGUGUUGCAAAAAUUGAAUUCACCUCUCACCAAUGAACAAGAACAAUUUCUCAAGAAACACAUGAACUCUAAAUUGAAAGAAUUUAUUGGAAGUGAUGAAUUCGAAAAAAAUAUCUUGUCCAACAUUAAAAAUUAG